AUGUUGCUGAACCUUAGGAUUGUACUGGUGGGUAAAACUGGAUCUGGAAAGAGUGCAUCAGGAAACACCAUCGUGGGAGAAAAUGUCUUCAACGAAAGUGCAGAUAUUAUAUCUGCCACUGACACCUGUAAAAAGGGUAGUAGAGAGGUAGCUGGGAGGAAGAUCACAGUGAUCGACACUCCAGGAGUGUUCGACACAAACAUAAAAGAUCAAUUUAAAAGUGAUAUAAAGAAGUGUGUAGAUAUGUCCCUUCCCGGUCCUCAUGUCUUCCUGCUGCUGAUCAGACUGGGUGUGAGAUUCACAGAGGAGGAGAGGAAUGCAUUGAAAUGGAUCCAGGAGAACUUUGGGGGAAGAGCUGCACAGUUCACCAUGGUGCUCUUCACUCAUGUUGAUCAGCUGAAAGGAAAGCAACUGGAAUAUGUUGUAAAGCAUCCUCAAAUUCAAGACAUCAUCAACACAUGUGGUGGUGUAUAUCAUGCUUUCAAUAAUGACAACAAAGAUGACAAGACACAAGUGAAGGAGCUGCUGGAGAAGAUUGACACCAUGGUGGAAAAGAAUAGUGGCGAAUACUACACAAAUGAGAUGUACCAGGAGGCUCAGAGAGAGGAGGAGGAGAGAAAGAGACGGGAGGAGGAAAGGGAAAGAAAUGAGUAUGAGGAAAAUAUCAGAGUAGCAGCUGAAAAGAGAGCCAAUGAAGAGAGGAAAAAGAGAGUAGCAGCUGAAAAGAGAGCCAAUGAAGAGAUGGAAAAGAGAAAGAAGGUAGGAAAACAGUUGAGGAUAACAGUAGGAGGAUUUGGGGGGGCAGUUGGGGGGUGGUGUGCGGGAGGACCUGUAGGAGCAGUUGGAGUAGGAAUAGUAGGAUUAGGAGCAGGAGUCAGUGCAGCAUACAUGGACAAUAUCAUUGAAACUGCAGAUUAUAUGAAAGAUAAAAGCAAGACAAUUAUAGGAGCAGUUGCUGGAGGUGUUGGGGGAGCAGAGGGAGGAGCAGCAGGAGGUGCAGUUGGGGGAGCAUUGGGGGGAGCGAUGGUGGGAGCUGUUGUAGGAUCAGUCGUAGCAGGACUUGCUGGAGCGAAAAUAGGAGCAGCUAAAGGAGCAACAGUAGGAGUAGUUGCAGGGGUCGUAGGUGGUGUUGCUGUUGGGGGAAUAGUGGGUAGAUAUGGUGGCAGAGAUAUAGAAGAGUUAGAGUUCACAAACAUCAUAGAUGACACUAACACAAAGAAAACAGAUUGA